CUCACAUAGUAUAGAAUGGAAUUAUCAAUGACUUCAGAAAGUCUAAAAUAGAUUAUCUAUAAGUCUCGGACGGUCAUGUGACUUAAUUUGGCGUACGAAGUAGUCACGUGAUCCCUCAGUCGCCAUCUUGAACAGAAAAUAGAUGAAAUUCGAGCCAGAUUUCAUCCAAUAUCUGCAAUGAUUCGUUGAUAAGAAAGAAAGCUAUGUAAGUUCACCUUCGUAUAGUGGUGCGAAAAUGUCUGAUCAACUAGAUCAGGUGACUGAUAUCCAUGUUGGUGAAGCUGCACUAUCUGCUGUCAUUGACAAGUUGACAGAGAUUGUUGAGAAUCCACAAUCUGUAGGACCUAGCCAGUCUGCCUCAGUAACACCUCCUGAUGGGAAACCACAAGAGAUUGUUGUUGAAAUUAUAGAAGAAGCACCAAAUGUUCCAACUAGACCUGCGGGCCAAUCUCAGAUUUCCAUAAGAAUCUUGUCUGAUCUUGCAGACCAAAAACAGAUCUGUGACCUUGAUAGUCAAAUCUCAUCAGCUUUAAAAGGCACUAGUCAAGAUGUUACCAAGGUGAUGCAUCAUGAAGAUAUUCAAGCCAAAGAUAACCUUGAUGCUAGUUCUGUUGUUGUCGUUGAAUCAGUUCACAAAUGUGAAGAAUGUGACUAUUCAAGCGCAAACAAACACUAUCUCAAACAGCAUAUUGAUUUGGUGCAUAAUGCCUCUCGUAUAUACAAGUGCCCCUUUUGUGACUAUGCUGGUAAGCGAAGCCAUUCUUUAAAAGAACAUCUGAUUAUACACAGCAAUGAUCGACCGUUUGAGUGCACUCAGUGUAAUGCUACAUUUCGCAAAAAGGGACAUUUAACGAACCAUAUUAAAAUGCAUGCAACACGAUGUGAGAUCUGCGACUUUAAACUUGAAUGUGAAUCUAAAGAAAACAUUGUUGAGCAUAUGAGAUCUGCACAUGGAAAACAAGAGGUCUUUUUUUGCUCCGAGUGCAACUUCUUCACAGUGGCCAAAGAGAGAGUUGUUGCACAUAUUGAUACUGGUCACAAGAAGUCACCAAGCAGGGCAGCUAAACAAGCUGAUAAACCGGUUGAAUUUCUCUACAAGUGUAGUAUAUGUGAUCAUGAGUGUAGCAAGAAUGAAGAUAUGGUCGCUCAUAUAAAAGAACUGCAUGUCCCAACUCCUCAAGUUUUCCCUAAAAAAGGAUCAGUUCCCUUGAAGGCUCCCCUGACUCUUAAGUCACCACCUGCACCAGGGAGCAACAAGUCACUCAUUAUGAAAUGUUCAGUGUGUGGUUAUGAGACUAAAAAUCAGUCUGAGUUGAAACAGCAUAUGUGGCAACAUGUCCAAGGUGAUACUCCGAGUGCUUCAGCAAGCAACCCCACCUUUGCUAUGCUUGAUACCAAUAAGAAGAGCGCAGUUAGUGACAGAUUGACCCCUACAGGCAACAACAAAGCCCAAAUUUCUCUCGCUCCAAAUACCAGCAAAGCUGAGGUUGUAAAUGCCCCAUGCGAGAACAGCCCAUCCAUAGUGCCAAGAAACAGGGAAAGUGGUGAAAGAUCCUCCCCAAGGUUAAGCAUCAACUCAAAGAUACAUGAGAGUGUGAGAUUAACAGGCAGUCCUAAGGCUUACAUGUCUGGGAAGCCCCUGGGGGAGUUACCUAGCACAUCUGAUGCAACAGGUACCCUCAGGACUAUUCUCAGUCAAGCUCCUAGGACAAGCUUUUCUGGUUUAGCCCCCAACACAAGAGGAGAAAGCAACAAGACAAGUGGAUCUGACCCCAUAAGAAGGACCCAAGGGUUAAGUAGUUCUGACUCCACAAGAGGUACUCCAAAGGCAACUGGGUCUGACCCCACAGAAUACUUAUGCGGAGACUGUAGUUUCAAAAGCACCCAGGUGUACCCAUUCAUCACACACAUGUUGUCCCACAAGCCUAAACUCCCAGCUUCUCCAGUCAGUUCAGGCGCCCCUGCACCUUCCACUACAAAGUGCACAAUGGCCAAAGAAAAUACAUCAAAGGCCUUUAGCUUCAAUGCCACAAUUGGAAUGUUUUAUUGUAGGGUUUGUGGAUAUCAGUGUGAAAGCCAACGUACAAUCAAGUCCCACAUAUGGAAGCAUACUGGUCAUAAAGACAUAGAUUAUCCCAUGUUUCAAAAUGGACCCCUUAGCAUCUAUGAGGGCACUCCACUCGCUCAGACUAGGAAGACCCCUUCAACUGGUACAAGAAACAAGCCUGAAGCUCUUGGUAAUCCACAUGACAAUAUAUUUACAAUUGGAAAGAACACAAGAGUUAAAUUAAUUGAUCAGCAUACAGCAAUUCUCAAAGUGGAUGAACCCAUAAAGGUAGAAAUGAAUGAACCACAAGGGAGCACACCUUCCAAAGACCAAGAGACACCAGAAAAUCAGAUGAUAGUUACAAUGGUUCCCAAGAAGCAGCAGGUCACAAUUAGGGACCUCAAACCAAACCAGGACAUUGAAACAAUACCAAGUGAAAAUGAGUACUCUGGGAAACAGUCUCCUUUAAAUAUUGAACCAAUGAUCAACAGAGAGGACAGAGGACCCACAAGCCAUAUAAAUGCACAAAGGGAUACAGAAAAAAUAAAUGAACAGAUGGCAAUAUAUGCUAGUUCAGAUUCAGCUGAUUUAUCAAAGUCAAAUAAAGAACCCAGCAAGCAUGUAAAUGUACACAAUAAAAGCAAGCCAACAGAUUGUAGAGAAACCAAAUGUGACAUAAGCAUUCAUGCUAACAGUGAGCAGCAUAUUGUGACAUCACAAGAUGAUAGCAUUGAAGAACACAAUGAAGAAGCACUUGAGAUGGAGGUUUAUGAAGAUAACACCCAUACUGAUGAAGGGGAAGCUGAUAAUGAAGAGGAGGAGGAUGAACUUGAGGGCCAUGACAUGGAUGUUGAUUGCCACCAUUUGGAAAAUUGCACCAAGACAUCUCAGGAAGCAUUUAUUCCUCCAGCAGCCACUGUGAAGAAUCAAGAGAACAAUGUUGUUGUAGAACAUGUCACAGAGGGCUACAACACACCCAGGUUUACCCUGGUUGACAGCAGACAUAACAGCCCUAGAGCCCCUGACAUUGGACAGCAUGGUGAUCUCCCAGCCUAUGUGGCUUUACAGCCGAUUUCCCGACACCCUUACAAACCCCUUCCUGAUGAUGACUCCGCCCUGACACUUCUUUCCUUACUUAAAAAAGGCCCCAAUUAUAACCCAGCUUACCCUGUUGGACAGCCUUUAAAACAAGAAGACUCUCAAAAGGGGGACCAUGAGCCUGAUCGUAAUAGCCCACCAGUGAGUGUUACUGACUCCCAGGGGACGGAUGACUCUAAACCAAAGUCUGGGAUUUGUAGUUCGUUACUGGCUGUCAUUGAGCAACUAAGAGAGAGGUCGAAAUCAGGGGGUGAGAGUGCUGAGGAAUCUGUGGAGGAAAAAGUUGUGGUGUCAGUUCCUCGUGCCAGGGGGCGUAACAAGAAAGUGUCACUCUCCCGUAAACCAAAAGAUGACGUACUUGAGAGUAAUGACAAAGUGGAGUGGAUCAGGGACAGUGACACAUUGGGAUUCUUUAGAUGUAAGCUGUGCCACUAUACAAGUGCCAGUGUUUCUUAUAUGAAGCAACACAUGCGAUUCCACAAGUCAAAGAAACCAUUUGAGUGCUCCCUCUGUACAUAUAUAGCCCCAUCUAGUGAGAGUUUGCAGGACCACAUGUUACUUCAUUGCAAGGUUCGAACAUAUUCCUGCAAGCUGUGUGACUCUGUGUUCAGUUAUAAGAGUCAACUCAGGGCCCAUCUCAGGGCACAUAACUACUUAGAAUCCUUCAUGUGUGAUCUAUGUGACUUUGAAACAAAGGAUGCCAUGAAAUUUCGUGUCCAUAUGUUAGACCAUGAAGUGAAGAUGUUCAAGUGUUCAGUGUGUCACCAGUUAAUGGAAUAUUCUGAUCUGUCAGCACACUCUGAAAAAUGUCGUAAAAGUGUUACAUCUAAUACGGCGUAUCAAUGUAACCAGUGUAGGUUUGUCGCAGGAGAUGAAAACGAGGCUCGGGAACAUGCAGAGGAGUGCCAUCUAGGGAACAAAUCACAAAAGGAGGAGGAAGGAUCUAGCGAUAAUGUAAAAUACAAGUGUGAACAUUGCGAGUACACCAGCACUACUUACCCUGCUGUUAAGCUUCACAUGAAAGUACAUGAUGAGGCCAGCAUACUCAAGUGUGGACAAUGUGACUUCUCUGCCAUGUCUUUACGGAGUCUUAAAUCACAUAUGAAACGUCACAUAAAUGACCAGAGAUAUGUCCAGCAACCACUAGAACAGUACAAAUGUAACUUGUGUGGUUAUGUGUGUCACCAUCUCCCCUCCCUCAAGUCACACAUGUGGCGUCACGCAAGUGAUGAAAACUAUAGUUACGAAAUCACAAAUGAAAUCAUAAAUGCAGCAAUUGAUUUUGACAACAUGACAUCCGUUGCUGAGUUGAAAAAAUCAGAAUUAAAACCUGAUAAAAUGCCAGAGCAACCAUUUGAUUAUAAGGGCAAAGAAAAGUAUUGUUUUGUGACAUUUAGGUGUUGUCAGUGUGGUUUUGAGACUAUAGAUAAACCAUUGCUUAGCGACCAUAUGAAAUCACACUCUGAUGUGAUAAGACACACAUUGGAAAUAAAACACCAAGAGGCUUUGCCUCUUAGUGUACAAACUGAUACCACAGAUCUUAAUAAAGAUGCCAAAGAUGAUGAGGACAUUAACUCUAUUGAGGACAAAAAAUCACCAUUACAUGAAGCACAAACCAAAAAGUCGCCAUCAGAAAGAAAAUCUAGAAAACGUGUGAGGAAAUCAGAUAUUGAAGUGCCACAAGAGAACAUGAGAUCGAGUAAAAAACCAAAUUUAUUGGUGCGUAAGUCGCAAAGAAAACUGAUGCAUGACAGAAGGAAGGCUAGAUCUAGUUUAGAUUAAUCUUGUAUUUUAACAUGUUAAUAUGUAUUAUUCUCUACUAUAACUUCACAAAAGGAAAUCUCAAUAACUAUUUAAUUAUAUUUGAUGAAUUUAUUGACUUUAUUUGGUUAAAUUGAUAAAU